GGGGUGCCGGAAAAGUAAAAGAAAAGCAUACACUGCUUUCUCCAGGAUCAGUUUCUUCGGACAGGCCUAAGGCCAAUGAGGCCGAGCAAUCAUUGAAAGGUUGACAAACGUAUAUAUAUAGAUUUCCGAUUGGGUUCGCUUUGUUAUUCGUUAGUCGCAGGCCCGGUUAAUUUUAAAGGUAUCACCAGGAGCUGUGCAGUGCCUUUGGGUGUGGUACAUAUAAGAUUGGAGAAAUUCUAGGUGAUACAGUACACCAAAAACAACACCCAAGUGUUCCAAUGUCUAUCAAAUUACCACUUAGCAAGGCGUCCUUCACCCUUGAUACCUCUGGUGUCAUGGGAUUCUUCGGCGGAGAAGAAGCAAUCUCUGCGAUGUCCACUGUCCAUCUCUACCAGGGCAGGCAUUUACUCGGAUGGUACAACUCUCCUGGAAGCUAUACUGUCGCCAAGAAAUUUGGCCAGUUGGCGAAAUCUCGACUCUGGGACGGCAUCUUUCCAGGACCGAAUCCAACGCCUGAAGAAAUGUUUGGCCUGGAUGGGAAGGAUGGACCUCGCUUUAUCGGGGCAUUCUCGGGCACAGAUAUGACGACCACAGGACACCUCGCAUACCUCAUAGCCCAAAAGGCAAAAGAGACCAAGGCAAAGACCGAUUCCGGAGGAAGAAUCACUAUACCGGGGUCGGUGAGCAUCAUAGACGUUGACAACGCGGAAUGGCAGCAGGGAGGCAACGUACCAAGGAUGAAAGGUUUUCAUGCCCUGUUUGCUGCCAUACCCAUCACCAGCAGUCUGGCAGCGUGCCUCGCUUGUGCAUAUGUUCUUGAUUGGCUCGCAUUCGGGCUGAUCAUUCUAGGCAUGGUCUCGAGUGGCCUGUCUUGCCUUGUCAUCGGUUCAGGGAGGCUGCAUUUCAAGCCUGUCAAACCUUCGUCAUAUGCACCGCGGGGAGAUGGAUUUCUUAUGAUGCGCAAUGAUAUUGUCAUUUUGAAGGGCGCAGAGAAACAGGUGGCGUCGAUAACCAAGGGCAAACUCGUGCUGGACAUGGGUAAUCAUCAUGGCGAAGAGUUCAACGCCGUCGGGAUCUGCUCCCUGCUACUCCUGUCACAGUUUCUUAUUCAACUUCUCCUCGUUCCUCGAGCAACACUAUUCGGCCAGAUUAUGUUCCUGUCGUCGCUUGCAGUGUCUUGGGCGUACAAUUCGUUUCUGUCGUCACUGGAGAAAGAGAAGAUUCAGACCGAUAUACUGUGGAAAUCACUAGAUGAACCACCAAUCACGAAAUUUGUGCUCCCCAACAGGACAUCGGAAGCGGCGUGCGCAUGCUUCAUCUUGCACGCAGGCGUCGACAAGUCGAGGAAAUCAUCCACAGAUUUCAAGCCGAAGAAAAUUCUGGAGUGCAUGAUCCCCAAUGAUACAAGAGUUUGGGAGGCAUGGAGGAAACAUGUGGCGGAGCAGGUGUUGGGUGAACAGAAAAUCAAACAUUUUAGUCCGAUUGGAGAGCUCGUAGCGGACUUGGACGCUGAAGAACAGAAGCUCCUGGGGCAAUUACUGGCAGACGCCGAGUACGGUUAUGAAUGUUACCAAAAAUAUUACGUAGGGAUCAGUGGCUUGAUACCCUAGUCUAGAGAAAACGUAGUACGAGAAGGAGUGCUUGGAGGCCAUCGACAGAAAGGGUGUCAUUUGCUGAAUCACACCAUCAUGAUUUGGCUUUCGUCUACUCCGGUGCCCGACCGAUGCGGAUAGAAAAUGGCGGAUCCUCUCAGUACUAGUGUUAGAUCCGCGGCCUGCCAACGCUGCACAUGAGGGAUUUCAAACACCUUCAGCGGCGCUCGUGGUAGUCCAG